UCGGCUCUGAGAUGUAAACAAGUAUGGCAUCGGCAGCCAGUGAUGUAAAUGAGGUUUUUUCAAGAUUAUUUGAUCAUCGGCCAUUCCUGAAAGGGGAAAUUGAGUAUUUUAAAAAAGAGUUUGAGGAAAAGAGAGGCGACAGAGAAGUGGAGCAACUCUUCCGAUCUCUUGAACUAAUAACAGAGAUAAAGGAAGGGCAGAUUGAGAAGAUUGUCAACUCCUCAGAUGACAAUCUCCCACGCACAAUUGCAGACAUCCAAGUUGCUCUCCACAUGUUAGAAGAUACCAUUGAUACUGAGAAGAAAUUUGACUCGGAGGAGCUUCUGGCAAAAAAGAGAGCAGAAAGGAAAAGCAAACUCACAUCAACUCAGCAGGAGGUACAAGAGAAACUCAACUUCCUUGAAAACAACUAUCUGGAGAAGGAACAGGCUCUGAGAGUACAAUUUGAGAGUCUUGAGAAAAGUGCAGGAUUCUAA